CACGUUCUUUCCUUCCUUGUAACUUUUUUUUCCUCCUUGUCGUCUCCCUAACUCUUGACAAUCCACAUUCCACAUCACACAGCCAUGCAAACUGCCUCCAGAAUCUUUGUAAUCUCAGGUCCAUCCGGAUCCGGAAAAUCGACAUUGUUGAAGCGUCUUUUUGCAGAAUACCCAGACACCUUUGGAUUCAGCAUUUCGCACACUACGCGGAAGCCACGCCCAGGAGAAAGUAAUGGCAAAGACUACCACUUUGUAGCCAAGGAACGUAUGGAAGCGGAAAUUGCUGCUGGCAAGUUCAUUGAAAGCGCCACGUUUUCCGGUAACAUGUAUGGUACCUCGAUCAAAGCAGUUGAGGAUGUGGUUGAGUCAGGCAAAGUAUGCAUGUUGGAUAUUGAUAUGCAAGGCGUAAAGUUAGUCAAGCAAACCCAAUUGAACCCUCGUUAUAUCUUUGUUCGGCCACCAAGUCUUGAAGUUUUGGAGCAACGGUUGCGUGGUCGUGGCACGGAGACCGAGGAAGCCGUCAAGGCACGUUUGGAAGCUUCUAAGCGAGAAUGGGAAUACGGUGAAACCCCUGGUGCCUAUGAUCGUGUUGUGGUUAAUGAUGAUUUGGAGACUGCUUACAACGCGCUCAAGGAUGCUAUUUUCGUUGCAUAAAAAAAUAGAAGAGAAAGGAUUGAAAUAAUUAUUUAUAC